AUGUCUACAACACCAGCGGACCCUUACCGAGGCUUCAUGGUUAACUACACUCCUCAUGACAGUGGUAAGGAUGCGAAUCGGGAAGAUAUUAUUUCCUACGGCGCAACGCAGUUGCUCCAAGAUAGGCCUGAAAUUCGCUACCACUCUGAUACAACUCAGCCACCUUUUGGGUCUCCAUCGACUUUUAUCACGAACCACUCGCCGCCACGCCAGCCGGGCUCACAUUACAGCACGCACGGUUAUAGACUCUCUCCAAUACAGGGUAGCAGAAAACGACAACGUACCGACAAUGGGCCUGGGCCAGAUGAAGACACUGAUCACAAUUAUGGCUACCGAUCUAUCUUGCAAAAUCUACCCAUGGGUGAUCCAUCGGUUUCAGCAGGCGGAUCGACCGAUCUGACGUACGCCGAUCACGUCGGCCCUUCAUCUCCCCAUCAGACAUCAGACCAGGACUACCUCCAGGUUGCUCUCCCGCAACAGCACCAUCAUCGGCUACCAUCCCAAUCACUGGUCGGUACGGGCUCUGCCGAUCAGGGCUCCGAAUCAUACCUACCGCAAAUCGACCGUAGCUUCAUGGACCUUCCAGGCGUGCCUACACCAUACCCUGAGCCAAAAGUACCAAAGACUAGAUUCGGUCGCAGGGAAGAUGAGCUGUUGAUAGCCUUGAAGGAGCACUGGAAGUUUUCCUGGCGGCAGAUCGAAUGCUUCUUCCCAGGGCGAAAACAACAGACAUUGCAAGUCCGUUACUGUACCAAAUUGAAGGAAAGAGAUGUGGUUUGGGAUGAUGCUUUGGAUCAGAAACUAAAAAAAGCGCUGGAGGAGUAUGAGGACAACAAAUGGGCACACAUUUCCCGGAAGCUUGGGCCUGGUAUACCACCAGCGGCGUCUGAUGCCGCCCGUCCAGAGCUUCCGAUGUUCUGCCAAUCAGAGGGGCUGACUCAUCAUUAUUCGUGGUCCUAUUGGAUAACCGAGCCAGCCAAUCACAGAACGUCGGACCAAAGCGGCUUCAAACUCGCCCAACCUCAAACCUCCAAACUCCCUCUCCUGCCCCAAACGCCCCGCGUCAUCCACCCCGUCACCUCCAGGACAAUGUUCCUCCAACGUACAGCCUCCGCCCUCGCAAGGCGCUCGCCUGCUCGCGCUUUCACCCUCGCCCAGCGCCCCUUCUCUUCCUCCAUCAUUCGCUCCAAUGAGAAGAAGUGGACUCCCAAGGAGGAGGGCAAGAUCCUGACCUUCGACGAGAUCAAGGGCGAGGAUGACCUCUUUGCUCCGGGUGCCAAGCCCGGUACCAUUCCCACCGAUAUCGACCAGGCCACCGGUCUCGAGCGUCUGGAGCUUAUGGGAAAGAUGCAGGGCAUUGACAUCUUCGACAUGCGUCCCCUUGAUGCCUCCCGCAAGGGCUCUAUCGAAGACCCCAUCAUCGUCAACGGCGCUGGUGAUGAACAGUACGCCGGUUGCACCGGUUUCCCCGCAGACUCCCACCAGGUCAACUGGCUGACCGUCUCCCGCGAGCGCCCUCUCGAGCGCUGCCUCGAGUGCGGCAACGUGGUCAAGCUGAACUACAUCGGACCCGAGGAGGACCCCCACGCCCACGACCACGACCACGGUCACCACCACCCCCCUCACGUCGAGCCCAAGACCUUCGCCGACUACGUCAAGCCCGACUACUGGUACCGGUAA